CUCAUCAAGUCGUGUCAAACAUACACCAUGUCGGCUAUUAGAUUUAUCAUUUCCUUCGCCGCCCUCAUAGCUAGCUGCAGUGCUAGCGUAGGCCAUGCACACAUCGUACCAGCAGUCAGAUCCUUCCCCAUAGUCAGAUACGCUCCAUUCUACAACUUCCCGCACGGCAUCAGAUCCAUCCACGCCGUAGCACCCGCGCCGCUAGCCGCGGUAGCACCAGCACCUGUUCUGCCAGCGCCGCUACCUGCGCCAGUAUUACCGGCGCCUCUGCCAGCCCCAGUACUACCAGCGCCUGCACCGUUCUUCGCACCCGCUGUGCCAAGAUUUGCACCUGCGGUUCCAGCGUUCCCGGCUCCUGUGUUUGCGCGAGCUUUACCAGUACCCGCGCCUGUUCCUUUCGCGCCCAUUGUGAGGCCAGCCUUUGCGCCAGCUCCCGUAUUUGCACCGGCCCCAGUAGCACCGGCUCCCGUAUUUGCGCCUGCCCCAGUAGCACCGGCCCCUGUGUUUGCACCCGCUCCAACCCCAGUGUUUGCACCUGCCCCUGUUCCAGUGGCAAGAGCAGUCCCCCAUCUACACUUAUACAACAGGUUCCUCGCACCAGCUCCGCUGGCGCCCGCACCUGUCGCGUGGAAAUAAAUCUAGUCGGACAGUAGUAGUAAUAUCUAAUUAAACUAAUUUAGUUAAGUUAGUAGGUUUUUUAUACAUGAGUCGAGGCUGUUUUUUGUAUAUAAAAGAUAAUGAAGAGUUAAC